AACGAGCUUCUUCGACUUCAAGCUAUCAGACCGUUGAGGUGGGCUUUCAAGCCUUUCAUCGGAAGGAAGCUUGACAACGAACUCUCCUUGAAUAUUACGGAGGUAAUCAGGAACUCCGAUGCCAAAGUGGAACGAGCACAGAAUAGCAAGGCCGAUCGUUAUGAUGAGCAAAAUCAUGAAGCUUUGACGGAAGGUCAUGCCGCUGAACAUGGCACCCCAUCCUACGAUAUACAACACCGAGAUAGAGAAGAAGGCGAUCAAGAACUUGCUCACAAGACCACCUACUGGCAGAAUAGUGAAGAGGGCCAAAGACGCUACGUAUGCACGGCGGAUCUGCACAGCUGGUUGGAUCAUCUUGAACUGUGCCCAUCCAAGAGGCGGUAUGACAAGAAGCCCAUCAGGCACAGGAUGAUGGCGUCUACCAGAGUCUUGGCAAUCGCAAAGGACAGAUGUUUCCCAAGGAAUGAUGCGAGCAUAUCAACGCCAGCACAAGCCCCAGUAGUUGAUGAAAUAAUGUCCUUGUGUUGGGAACUGAAAGACAUGAAAGAAGCCAGCUGUCCAAUGGAAAGCCCGAAUAUCGCGAUUUGA